AUGGGGAUAAAUGUAUUUAUGUUUUCUGCAGGGGGGGGGGUGGGUUUGGGGGGGUUGGUGUGUUGUGGGGGGGGGGGGGGGGUUGGGGGGUGUGGGGGGGGGUUUUGGGGGUGUGUGGGGUGUUGUUGUGUGUGUGUGGUGGUGGUGGGGGGGGGGGGGUGGGGGGGGGGGGGGUGGGUGGGGGGGGUGGGGGGGGGUGUGGGGGUGUUGUGGGGUUUGUUUUUUGUUUGUUUGGGGGUUAUUUGGGUGAUGGGUGUGGGUUGGUGGGUGUGGGGGGGGGGUUUUGGGGGGGGGUGGGUUGAGUUGGUGGGGGGUUUGUGA